AUGCCCGGCACCCUCAUCCUCUUAACCGGCGCAACAGGCUUCGUAGGCUACAAAACCCUCAUCACAGCCCUCAAAGCCGGCUUCCGCGUCCGCUGCGCCGUAAGAUCAAAAGACGGCAUUGACAAGAUCCUCGCAGCGCCGAGCAUCAAGAACCUCAACCCAACAUCAAGCCAGCUCACCUGGACAAUCGUACCCGACAUCUCCGCCCUCGGCGCCUACGACGAGGCCGUCCAGGGCGUGACGUACAUCAUCCACUGCGCAUCUCCCGUGCCCACAUUUGGCAAAGACGAGCGCGUCGGGACAGAGGAGGAGGUCUACGUCAGACCGGCCGUUGCCAGUGUACUCGGUCUACUUGAGAGCGCUAAACGCCAUGACGUAGAUACCCUUAGGCGCGUAGUCGUCACGAGCUCGAUCGUGGCCGUCGUCCCGAUGGAGUGCUUCAUGGGCCAAGGCCUAGACCGGCCGGCCAUUGAUGGAGAAUCCCGGGUGGCGACACCGGCUGCCCCGUACGGAUCGGGCUUCGGAGCCUACCGCGCGAGCAAGAUCGCCGCCCUGCACGCCUCGGAAGCCUGGAUGAAGGAGCACAGUCCGAAAUUCAACCUCGUCUCCAUCAUACCGGCGUGGAUCUGGGGCCACGACGAGCUUUCGACGACAGCGGAGUCGCUCCUUUCGGGGUCAAAUAGUGUGCUGCUCGAGUACUUGCGAGGCAGGAAGAGCGACACACCCAUCCUCUCCGGCUUCGUCUCCGUCGACGACGUUGCUGCGGCACAUAUUUGCGCAUUGUCCCCAUCGGUAUCCGGCAAGCAGAGUUUCCUCUUGGGCAGGCAUGUAGCCAUGGAAGAAGCCAGGGCCAUCGCGAUGGAGAACUUUCCCCAGGCGUUUGCGGAUGGCGUCUACAGCGCGGACGGCAGCCAGCCGACUAUCAGCGUACCGACGGAUGCUUCCGAGGGCGAAAGACUGCUUGGCCGUAAGUGUGCAAGCGGGGAAGACAUGGUGAGGGAUGUAGCUGGCCAGUUUUUGCAGCUUGAUGCGAACUAG